AUGUACUAUUCACUGAUCAUUUUACUCUAUUAUCAUCAAUUCCUGCUGUUACAUGCAACAUCAGCUUCAUCAUUAUUAUUUACACUUAAUAAUGUUCGAUAUUCGUUAUCUGAUCGUGUUUUAACAAUACCUAAAUUAGGUGCUUUACGUGGUAUAUAUAUUGAUUAUGAUAAUGAAUAUUAUGAAAAAUAUAAUCUUGUUAAUAUUGAAGCAUAUCUUGGUAUACAAUAUGGAUUAUAUCAUGGAAGAUUUGAACCAUCAAAAGAACGAAUUGAUUUACAUCCAAAUACAAAAGUUAAUAAACAUAUUGAAUUUGGACCAGCUUGUUCACAAUAUAUAUGGAAAAAUGAAAGUGAAUUAAGUCGAAUACGUACAAAAAAUUUUGCACAAGAAUAUUAUCCAAAAUUAUUAAAAUAUAUAUUAAAACAAAAUGAAGAACAAUGUCUUUAUAUGAAUAUUUAUCAACCACAAAUAAAAAAUUUAAAAGAACGUCUUCCUGUACUUCUUUUUAUUCAUGGUGAUGGUUAUGAUAUGAGUACGGGUGCUGCAUUUGAUGGAGCUAUAUUUGCUAGUUAUACUAAAACUAUUGUUGUUACAAUCAACUAUCGACUUGGUCCAUUUGGAUUUCUUUAUAUAUCAAAAGAAAAUAAAGGUGAUUAUGCAUUACAAGAUAUAUAUACUGCUUUACAUUGGCUUAAAAAUUAUGUGACAAAUUUUAAUGGUGAUCCUGAUCGUAUUACAUUAUAUGGAACAGGAUCAGGAGCAGUAUUAGCUAGUCUUGUUGUUAUGCUUGAAACUGUUAAUGGUGGUACAGGAAUAAUAAAACGACGAAAACCUCUUGUUCAUCGUCUUAUUUUAAAUGAACAAUUAUUUCUAUCACCAUAUAUGACAUCAACAUUAGAAGAUAUAUCUAUUUAUCAAACAAAUAUACUUUCACAUCUAUCAUGUUCAACAUUAUCUUGUUUACGUAAUAAAAAUUUAAUAACAACAAAUGAUUUUUUACAAUUAAAUACAUAUUCUGAUGAUAAUCGACAUAUGAAUUAUAUAUGUCCACUUGAAAAUCCAUUUCCAUUUUAUUCAAAUUUAUUAAUUAAUAAUGAUCAUAAAAAUUUAUUACGUUUAAAAUUUUUUCAACAAGCUCAUUUACUUUUAUCAGAAAAUCUUCAUAUACUUUUAAUAACAUCAUCAACAAUUAUACGUAAAAAAUUACCAAUACAAAUCGAUAUGAAAAAUUCAAUUAUGAAUAAUAUUAUUGAAUAUUUAUUAAAUUAUGCAUAUAUUCAAUGGAAUAAAACAUCAAAUCAAUUUGAUUUCGAUGAACAAUCAUUAAGUUAUCAUCAACAAAUAAUUGCACCAUUACUUCAAUAUGCUAAAUAUAUAUCAAAUGAAAGAAAAAUUUAUGCACUAGAAAGAUAUUCAAAUAAAUUUAAUUCAGAAUUACCAUUUACAUUUGGUUAUGUUUUAGCACCAUCAAUGAGUGUUUAUAAUGAUACAUAUUUAAAUGCUGAUGAAAAUGAUAAAAUUGAAAGUAUGUAUAUAAUGGAUUUAUUUGCAAAUUUAAUACAUAAUGGAGAUAUUAAUAUUAAAUCACCAUAUUGUAAAAGAAUUGAAUGUGAAACUUUUGAAGAAUGGCAUCCAAUUUUACCGGAAUUAAAUUUUAUUACAUUAAAAGAUGGUCAAUUAAGUCAACAAUCAGGUCAUUAUGCACAUGUUCAUUAUCUUUUUAACAAUCUUAUUUCUAAUCUAUUAAAUCAACCAUUACAUCUCGAUCUAUUAAAUACAUGGAGAACUCUAUAUGAAGUAUCACAUAAAUCUAAUACUUCAAUUUAUAAUUCUAUCAUUAAUCAUUCAACAUUAAAAUCAAAACCAAUUCAUUUCGAAAUAAAAAAUCUCAGAUAUGUAUUUGUAUUAGCAUUAAGUAUCUUAAUUCUUUUAUUAUUAAAUUUUUCUGUGUGCAUCUAUUUGGCAAGACGUGGACAUGGUUGUCGAAAACGUGAAUAUAAUUGUCUUAAUGGACAUGCACCAAUAAAUAUCGAAAAAGCACCACAACAUUGUGGAUCAUCACCAUCAAGUACGAAUAGUAAUGGUACAAUAACACAACAAUUAAUUGUUAAUACGAACUGUAUAACAACGAAUAGUACUCUUAGCAAUACACCACCUGCUGAUAUCUUACAUCCAAUAAAUAUAACAAAGAAGAAUGGUAUAUUACGAAGUUCAUCAAUAAAAAAAACUGUUUUACUACCAGAAGCAAUUGUAUAG